AUGCUUGGCAUCCCGAUAGAGGUCUCUGAAAACGCCAAUGGAAUUAUGUCUGAAGAUGCUCACGGUCCACCGUCUUGGUUCACACAAUUGUUCGGGUUGACAAACUUCUUUGAGGUUCGUCCAGUUGAUCACCUACAACGCAUACGUUCCGAUAAUGGCUGGCGUGGAAAAUUAGAUGCAUAUCUAGGGUCUGAGGGUAUUGAAGCCUCGCGAUAUCCGUAUGCCUAUCUCGUGACUGCUGCACAGUUCCCAGGCUUUGGCUUUAAACCGGCAACCUUCUGGUUCCUUUAUUCAUCGGACAAGGUCCUUCAGGCAAUUAUUCUGGAGAUGAGCAAUAUCUUCGGAGAAAGGCAUCCCUAUCUUGUCACGAGAGAAUUGGACAAAGAAGACGAGCAUGUUCAUAAUAUGACCCAGAACGACCAGGGACUUCAGUGCUCUCAAAUAAAAACGACAUGGCGAAAGAGCUUUCAUGUUUCACCUUUCAACUCACGAAGGGGAUCGUACUCUAUACUUGCCAAAGAUCCCCUUGGGCCUGGCAUGCAAGGAUUUCGAGGACUCGACAUCUCUAUCACCCUCUCUUCGUCAAAGGACCAGCCGAAGCUUUUUGCAAAAUUGCUCUCUGAAGGCAAAACCAUUGACCCCGGCAGAAUAAGCAUUUUAGGGAAGGUCGGUUUCGUCUUAAGCUGGUUCGGUUCUGUUCUCGCCAUUCUUCCUCGAUUCAUGAUGCAAUCAACCAUCCUCUUCUUCAAGCAUAAUCUUCAUUUCUGGUAUCGACCAGAACCUUUGAAGGAAAGCAUAGGACGGCCAGCUAAUUGGAUUGAGAAAAUUCUCGAACAAGUAUUUCGUGAAUACUUGAGGUAUCUUGUCCAACGAUCAACCGCGCCUGUCACUAUUCUAUACACGCCAGGGGGAGUUGCUGAAGCGUCUGAGCAGACAUUCAUCUCACCCUCCACCUGCGGCCCUGGAGACUCAAAUUGCGAGAUCAAGAUCAAAGUGUUGACGCCAAUUUUCUAUUCACGUUUCGUUCACUAUGCGCAUGAUUCUGAGGCCAUCUUCUGCGAGGUGGUUGAAAGCUGUACCCUUUGGACUGACAAGCCGGAACAGCUGACAAGAGUGUUUUUGAAGAAGGGUUCUCCACCUAUUUAUGCUUCCAAUCUGCUUGAUUAUGUGCUGUUUCAGCUCAUCAAAAGCCUCAGACGCCGACCUGAUAAGAUUGAGAGACCAUUGACGUCUACCAAUAGACAUUCGUCCUCAGUUAAGGGCAUUGAUAUCCGGGGGUUUCGAAUUUCAUCAAUGGACGCCUUUGUUCUUGAACAAGGAGAUGAAGAACUCAAAAAUGCGUAUUUGAGGUCUGUGGUUCGCCUCUUUGUGGCUGAUCGCAUUGCCAUGAGCAGCGUCAGCCUACUUGGCAUGAUGGAGCUCAUAGGAAGAGUGGGUGUCUCAUGGGUGCUGGCAUUGCUCAUUACGCAGACGAUCACGGGCUUCUCAUGA